AUUCGCGAAUCAGUAACAAUCGAAAAAUCGAGGGAGAAUCAAGUGAUGACAAAGAAUUCGGUGGGCUCCAAGAAAAGGUGGAUAAUAAAAUUUUUACAAGUGUAGUGUAAUAAAGAUGGAAAUGAGAGUUACAGUGAAGAUGAUCAUAUUUUCGGCGCUUUUCACCGUAGUCGUGUGUUUGCCGCGAACCUUUAGUGAGAAUGGGUUGUCAAAAACGGUUGCGUCGGUUACCACAGAAACGCGAAAGCUUCAAGUGAACCAUCCUACAAUUCUCGUCAUGUCGAAUCCUGAGUUUGGUGAUGAGCACAAACGAACCAAGCGAGCGCUUCUUUUUCGACCUCUGUUCGUCUAUCGCCAGCAGCAGGUCAACAAACAGCGUCUCCAAAAACAGCGGGAGCAGCAACAGCAGCCUGUUACUGCAGCCCCAACUAGAAGUCCACCCAGACCCCAGAGGCCAAUCUACGCAUAUCAGUACCCAUAUAUGAGGUACUGAUGUUAUUCGAAUGCACAUCGAAGCAAACGCAAUGCAGGGAUGAUCGACCAAUGUGUGCUCACAGUUAUUGACUCUGGAAAAAAACACAUUGUGCUCUCACUGUGACAACGUUUUUCAUAUCCUCAGUAAUUAUAACUAUCAUUAACACGACAGUGCUAAAAUGUCGUUUUGUUCAACGGGGGUAUCUACUUCCGAAAUUAUAUUUAUUCAACAAACGAAUCGCAUCAAAUGUGAUAACAAAAAUGACAUUGACAUUGUGUAAGUUAUA